GUAAGGGCGGCGGCGCGGCUGGGGACCCCUGUCCGGAGGCGAGCUGCCAUGUCUUCUCUGACGCGGGUGGCGCCGUUCGUUCGCCUUGGAGGCCGCCUCUUCCUAGGCCGCCGCGUACGGGCGGCUGGAGGCGGUGGAGUCCGUCAUGCCGGUGGCGACGUGCACAUCCAGCCCCGGUACAGGCAGUUCCCCCAGCUGACCAGAUCCCAAGUGAUCCAGGCCGAGUUCUUCAGUGCAACCAUGUGGUUCUGGAUUCUCUGGCGCUUUUGGCACGACUCAGACGCUGUACUGGGUCACUUUCCAUAUCCAGAUCCUUCUCAGUGGACAGAUGAGGAAUUAGGCAUCCUUCCUGAUGAUGAAGACUGAAAGUGCAGACUCAGCUCUUUCCAAGGGCCAGGUGAGAAUUUCAAGAAAUUACAGACUUCAUAUUGUACAUUAAAGUUGUAAAUUAAAGUGUUUUGGUCAAGAAUGAG